AUGAUGACCAUGACCACGAUGGCUGACGGCUUGGAAGGCCAGGACUCGUCCAAAUCCGCCUUCAUGGAGUUCGGGCAGCAGCAGCAGCAGCAGCAGCAACAGCAGCAGCAGCAGCAGCCGCCGCCGCCGCAGCAGCCGCCGCCGCCGCCGCCGCCGCCGCAGCCGCACUCGCAGCAGAGCUCCCCGGCCAUGGCAGGCGCGCACUACCCUCUGCACUGCCUGCACUCGGCGGCGGCGGCGGCGGCGGCGGCCGGCUCGCACCACCACCACCACCAGCACCACCACCACGGCUCGCCCUACGCGUCGGGCGGCGGCAACUCCUACAACCACCGCUCGCUCGCCGCCUACCCCUACAUGAGCCACUCGCAGCACAGCCCUUACCUCCAGUCCUACCACAACAGCAGCGCGGCCGCCCAGACGCGAGGGGACGACACAGAUCAACAAAAAACCACAGUGAUUGAAAACGGGGAAAUCAGGUUCAAUGGAAAAGGGAAAAAGAUUCGGAAACCUCGGACCAUUUAUUCCAGCCUGCAGCUCCAGGCUUUAAACCAUCGCUUUCAGCAGACUCAGUACCUGGCCCUUCCCGAGAGAGCUGAACUGGCAGCUUCCUUAGGACUGACACAAACACAGGUGAAGAUAUGGUUUCAGAACAAACGCUCUAAGUUUAAGAAACUGCUGAAGCAGGGCAGUAACCCGCAUGAGAGCGACCCUCUCCCGGGCUCAGCGGCCCUGUCACCGCGCUCGCCGGCGCUGCCUCCGGUUUGGGACGUUUCCGCCUCGGCCAAGGGCGUCAGUAUGCCCCCCAACAGCUACAUGCCCGGCUAUUCGCAUUGGUACUCCUCUCCACACCAGGACACGAUGCAGAGACCUCAGAUGAUGUGAGUUAUCCGAGGGAAAUCGAUACCCUAGGGAACUUCUGAACAAGGCAAGGAGGAUCCGGGACCUGCUUGCAUCUGCCAAGCCGAGCCCAAGGAGCAGGCUCGGGAGAACUCUUACGUGUGGCCAGACCGGUUGGGCCCUUGCUCCCUCUCUCUCCUCCUCUCCCUCCGUUUCUCUCUCACUCUUCCUUUUUUUUUUUUUUUUGCCUCCCUCCUUCCUACCUUUCUUUUCUUUUUUCAUUUCCUUUCCUCAUCUGCCUUUCCCCUUGAGCAGCCUCAAUAAUUGAUUUUGCAUCUUAGAGAGAGAGAAGGAGAGAUAAAGAUAGAGAUGGGGGAGAGAGAGAGGGAGAGAGAGAGAGACUGGUUUCUAUGCCAGCACUCCUGAAACCUCUCACUGUAAGGAUAUUUUCCCUUACCGCUUGGGAUCCAGGCUCUGAGCCUCUUUUUCUCUUUGGGAGUAUCCAUCAAAACGACUUUUUUUUAAACAGACAUUUUCCCCCACCAGAAGAAUCUGUGCAAACAUGGCAGCGUUUUUACUUGUUUAAUGAGCUUAAGACAUUACAUGAUGAAAGAGAAGCAUUUUGGACUCCUGCAUUUUUAUUUACAAUCCCAGACUGACAGAAAGAAAGGAAGGAAGGAAGGAAGGAAGAAAGAAGAAACCCUCACAUAACAGCCGUUCUCUAAAGAAAAAGGAAAAAUCGGCUGUAAGAUUAGAAUGUUGCCACAGAGGGAACGCUGCAUGUUUUAUCAAAAUGCAAUGAGCAAGAAUGAUGAUUUAAACAAAACAAAACAAACCCACUUUUCCCCCACCCCUACCCCCAAACCCUGAACUGGAAUCAGGAAGGACAGAAGAAACAACCAAAAUCACCAUUCUAUUGCUUUGAUAUCUUUACUAGGUGAAUUGGUGGCAUUCACUAAGCUAAUAGGGACAUUUAUAUCAAGAAACAUUUCUGUAUAUAUUGUUGAAUUUUAGUUGUACAUAUACUUUGUAUGUUUUUGUCUUCUUUCAUAUAUGGAGUAAAAGCCACAAAACGCG